AUGACGGUGUCCUCGCUGGCCUUCCUGGUGGGGUCCUUCCGCAAGGCCGCGCUGCUGCCGGGGCUGCUGGCACACCCGCUGACGGCCGCCCCGCGCUGCCAGCCGCGGACCGCUGCGAUCGUGGCGCAGCUCGGCGUCCUGGUGGUGGGCUACUGCGUGCUGGGCGCCGGCUUCCUCCUCAGCUCCCCCGAGGUCAGGAAACUAAUACACACGCCGCACAGCGUGCGCCAGAUGGACCCGGCGGUCAAGAAGGUCUCCACGGCCUCGUGCGUGCUGUUCGCCAUGUCGGCCGUGGAGAAGCUGUCCAUGAACCACAUGGUGCGGCGCGUCGGCCGCCGGUUCGCCGCCAUCAACGACGACCUCGGCGAGGCGCACUCGGUGGUGGCGGCGAGGAGCGGCAUGCACGCCGAGCGCCGAGGUCCGCAGGUUACGCAGCGCGUGGCGGAGGCCCGCGCCCAGCACAAGGAGUGCUGCUGCAUGCUGGCCGCGCUGACGCGCUGCUUCGAGGCGCAGCUCGUCGGCAUCCUGGUCAUGGACUUCUUCGUGCUGCUCGCGAGCGUCUUCCUGGCCAUCCUCCUCCUGAUGCACGACGCCACGAUCCCGUCCCUGCUGGUGGCCUCCUCCACCAACGGCUCCUUCUGCAUCACGGGGACCUUCCUCCUGGCGCGGACCUGCCACCUCGCGGGCCGAGAGGCCAGGCGGGCCCACACCAGCGUCCACGCCGUGCUCAACCUGCCGCACGUCGGCCCCGAGGAAGUGAGGGAGCUCAAGGCCUUCUCCUUCCAACUGCUGCACGCCAAGACGAGCGUCACGCCCUUCCAAAUGUUCACCGUGGACUACUCGCUCAUCAGCACGUUGUCCGUGGGGUUCUUCACCUACUCCAUCAUGGUCGGCCAGUUCGGCCUGGUGGGGAGCAAAAAUUUGGAGGGUUACUACGGCAACGGCACGGACGCACCCAACACGACAGCCAUGCUGGACUUUGCCACCUCCGGUGACCGCUGACCUUCCCUUGGAAGUGUCCGAACGUCCGGACCCGCGAACGGAAAGCUCCGUUUAAAAACUCGAUGUUCGCUACUCCGUCGAAAUAAAACGUUUUGUCUGUUGCAUCGCCUGUUGCCAUUGACUCGCCGCAACUAAUUUUGU